UGUAGAAGGUUCUCCCAUGCCCAGUAUCACCUGGCUGAAGGACAACCAGCCCAUCGUGUCCAGUGCCCAGCUCACCUACACCCGGGGUGGGCAGGCACUGAGGUUGGGGGCAGCACAGGGCGACAGUGCCGGUCUCUACACCUGCCGAGCCUCAAACCCAGCAGGCACCACUCUUAAACACUACUCACUCAGUGUGCUGGUUCCACCCCAGAUUGAAGGGGACUCUACAUCUCUGAGUUUCGGUAGCCGAGAUGAGAAAGUCCGGAUCAAUGGCUCAUUAACCCUGUCCUGUCUGGCUAAAGGCUUCCCUGAACCCAAGACCCAGUGGUUCAAAGAUGGACAGUUGUUGACUAGGAACUCCCACACGGGUAUCCGUGAGAGUGGUCACCUUCUUCACAUAGACAAUGCCAUGCUCUCCCAUGAGGGACAAUACACCUGCAUGGUCACCAACAUUGCAGGAGAGGACAAGAGAGACUUCCACGUCACUAUUCAGGUUCCUCCCAUCUUCCAUCGGGGGAGUAACGGUGCAGCAGCCUGGGGUCUGGGAGGAGAGGAGGAGGAAGAGGAGGAGGGAGCAGGAGGGGUUAGAGAUGAUGAGAUGACAGAGAGAAGGGAGGUGGUCCUGGGGCAUCCCAUCAGCCUGUCCUGUGAGAGUAACGCCAUCCCUCCGCCCCAUCUCAGCUGGUACAGAGAGGGACGCAAGCUCUCCACCGCUGACGGAGUGGUACUGCUGCCAGGUGGGCAGGUACUCCAGAUUCCACGGGUCCAGCAGGAGGAUGCUGGGAAAUAUACAUGUCAGGCGGUGAACGAGGCAGGGGAGGACCGCAUGCACUUUGACCUGGAGGUUCUGGUCCCCCCAGUGAUAACGGGCCAGUUGGAUGAGUUCAUGGAGGAGAUAGGAGCAGUGGUGAACAGUACCGUGGCUCUCCACUGUGACGUGACGGGUCACCCAGAACCAGCCAUCUCCUGGCUGAGGGACGGCACACCGCUGCCCUCCGGACAACACCACAGCAUCAGUGAGGACGGGAGACAACUACAGAUCCUCAGUGUGCAGGUGUCAGACAUGGCCAGCUACCUUUGUGUGGCUGAGAACAAGGUUGGAGCAGUGGAAAAACUCUUCAGUCUGACUGUGCAAGUUCCCCCAAGGAUGGUAGCUGGCAGGGAGGAGGAGGUGAGUGUGAUAAAGGGCCACAUGGUGUCCAUGCUGUGUGACGUCCAGGCGUAUCCUCCUCCAGAGAUCACAUGGACCAGAGAUGGACAGGUCCUCCAGUUCAGCACGGGUAUCCACAUCCUGCCAGGAGGUCAGAUGCUGCAGCUGCCCCGGGCCAGACUAGAGGAUGCGGGACAGUAUGUGUGCACUGCCACCAACUCAGCAGGCCAGGACCAGAAGAGCAUCCUGCUCAGUGUCUAUGUCCUGCCCACGCUGAAGCCCCGCCUUGACUCUGAGUCAGAGGUCCUGACCCCUCAGGUGGGGUCAUCUGUCACUCUGCGUUGUGAAGCUCGGGGCAUUCCGACACCUGAGGUCACAUGGUACAGGAACGGGCUGCAGCUGGCAGCUAGGACUGGACUGAAAGUGGAGCAGCAUCAGCUGGAGAUCAUAGGAGUGCAGGUGGCUGAUGGUGGAAUGUACAUCUGCAAGGUGUCCAAUGUGGCUGGACAAGUGGACAGGACAUUCCGCUUGACUGUUCAUGUACCCCCUGUCCUGGAUGGGCCUCUUCAUGAGUCCCUCACCCAAAACCUGGACUCCCAUGUCACCUUGCUGUGUGAGCCUACAGGGGUCCCAGUACCCAGUAUAACAUGGCUGAAGGAUGGCAUCCCUAUUGAGAGCAGUCUGCAGUGGCAGUGGUCGGUACGAGGCAACAGGCUGGAGCUGGGUCCUCUGACCCUCUCUCACGCUGGAACCUACACCUGUGUGGCCAAGAACAGGGAGGGACAGACUCAGAAGGACUUUGCUCUCACAGUGCAAG